CUGUGGCCCGUUACUGGCCGGCAAUGGGGCCACUUUGUGCAAUGCCACCACUGCUGCUCCUGCUGCUGCUGGAGCUGCUGCACGAGGCUGGGCAGGGCCCCCCUGUGCCCCCCAGCCCCCGGGCCUGGCCCCAGCCAUGGGGGGCUCCGUCCCCUGGGGCGGGGCGGGUUUGGUCCCAGGUCACCGUCCCACAGCAGCUGGGGGCGAGCACAGAGGGAGUGGCAGGGCUGAAGCAGGAGGCAGUGUCCUACAUGCUGAGGAUUGACGGGAGGCUGUACACCAUCUACCUGCAGCAGCAUGCCUUUUUAUCUGAUGAUUUCCAGACUUACAUGUCCAGCGAGAAGGGAUCUCUGCACCCUGCUGCUGCCCACGUUGAGGGAGGCUGCCACUACUGGGGGUACAUCGAUGGCUUCCCCAGCUCAGCAGUGUCCCUCAGCACCUGCUCGGGGCUCAGGGGUUUGCUGCAGUUUGAGAACGUGAGCUAUGGGAUCCAGCCCCUGGGGAACCCCCCUGCACCCCAGCACGUGCUGUACAGGCUGAGGGAUGAGCAGAUGGCAGCAGCCCCCCCUGCCCACAGCCCCCCCGAGGCCAGGCUGGUGAACUGGGAUGUGCUGGACAAAGCCCAGGAGGAUGAUGAGCCCCUCUCAGCUGCUGCACAAUCUCCCAAAUACCUCACAGUAUAUGUGGUGUUGGACAAGGCCUUGUACAACUACAUGGGAUCUGACCCAAAUACUGCAACACAGAAGAUAAUCCAGGCCUUCAAUUUAAUCAACAAUAUGUUUAAUCCCCUUAAUGUCACCAUUGUGCUGUCCUCCCUGGAGCUGUGGGCAGAGGAGGAUAAAAUAUCAACAGCAGGGGACAUACAUGACCUUCUACAGCGAUUUUUACAGUGGAAGCAGUUGUCUCUGGAGCCACAGGCAUACAACAUUGCUUCUCUCUUAGGGUACAGGGAGCGAGGAGCGUUCCUGGGCACGGCGGCUCCAGGACAGGCAUGCCAGAGAGAUGCUGCUGCCACCGUGGCCCUGUACCACGGGAAUGUCACCCUGGAGUCCUUCUCCGUCCUCCUGGCACAGCUGCUGGGCCACAGCCUGGGCAUGAGCCUGGACAGCCCCUGGGGCUGCAGCUGCCCUGGGCGUGUGUGCACCAUGAGCCCCGAGGCACUACAUUUCAGCGGGGCUAAAGCCUUUAGUAACUGCAGCAUCAGGGCCUUUGAGACCUUCCUGAAGCAGGGCAGAGGUGCGUGCCUGUUCCAGAGCCCCCGCCUGCAGCGCCCGUCCCGCCAGAGCGGCGCCGUCUGCGGCAACCGCGUGGUGGAGCCGGGCGAGCAGUGCGACUGCGGCACGGCCCAGGAAUGCCUGCAGGACAAGUGCUGCACUGACAAGUGCAGACUGAAGCCGAAAACAAAAUGUGCCUCUGGAUUGUGCUGUAAAAAUUGUCAGUUCAGGCGCAGGAACUCGCUGUGCCGCCCGGCCGCCGACAGCACCUGCGACCUGCCCGAGGUGUGCAGCGGCUCCUCCGCCUCCUGCCCGCCAGACGUGUACCUGCAGGACGGGCAGGACUGUGGCCGCGGCACCGGCUACUGCUACCAGGGCCGCUGCCAGUCCUCGGACCUGCAGUGCAAGCACUUCUACGGGAGAGACUCAAAGAAUGCUCCUGUGGGCUGUUAUGAGGAGAUUAAUGGCCAGCGGGACAGGUUUGGGCACUGCGGGUUCAAGGAUGGACACAAGUCCCGGUCCUGUGCUUGGAGGGAUCUCAGGUGUGGGAAGUUGAUCUGCACGUACCCAUCCAGCAAGCCCUUCUCCUCAGCUGCUGCUGCUGUGAUUUACGCCCAAGUGCGCCAGGAUCUGUGCGUGUCUCUGAACUACCUGAAUGUACCAGCCUGGCAGGAUCCGCUUCUGGUUCCUCCAGGGACAAAGUGUGGCUCUGGAAGGCUGUGCAUAAACUACACGUGUCAACCUCUGUCCGUGCUGGGAUCCAGCUGUGACAGCAAAACAAAAUGCAACGGCCACGGCGUGUGCAACAACAAGGGCAGCUGCCACUGCCACCCGGGCUGGCAGCUCCCCGACUGCCGGAGGCGAGGGUGGAGAAGGGCCAGUGGCCUGGAGGGAGGGCUGCAGCGAGCUCUGGAAGAUGGGGAGAUGGCCUGGCUGGUGUUGGGCUCCAGCCUGGUCCUGCUGGUGCUCACGGCGGCCCUGGGGCUUGGCCUGUGGCGGCAGCAGGUGCUGGGCCAUUGCAGUGGGGAGCGGCCAGGCACAGCCGGCCAGGACAUGGACAGGGAGCUAGAGCCAGACCUGGAGCUGAACCUGCAGGCAGACCCAGAGCUGCAGAUAGACCCAGAGCUGGAUCUGGCGCUGUACCUGGAGGCAGACCCAGAGCUGGAGCUGGAGACAGACCGAGAGCUGAACCUGGAGGCAGACCCAGAGCUGCAGAUAGAUCCAGACCCAGACCCAGACCUGGUACUAAACCUGGAGGCAGAUCCAGAGCUGAACCUGCAGGCAGACCCAGAGCUGGCCCUGGAGCUGCAGACAGACCCAGACCCAGAGCCAGACCUGGAACUAAACCUGGGGGAAGAUCCAGAGCUGGCCCUGGAGCUGCAGUCAGACCCAGAGGCAGAUCCAGAGCUGGAGAUGAAGAGAGCCAUGGACCCAACACCAGAGCCAGCACUGGGGCAGCACCACGGGCACUAAUUAAAGGUGUGGGGCAAAGCUGGUGUCGUGGCCCAUGCCCUGUGGCUUUAUGCUU